UCCUUUUUGUGGAAAUUCUCAGUACUUGUCGCAAAAUCCUGAAUCACUCCAGUUCUUUAUCUCUCCGUCUUUAUUAGUUGGCGUAAUCUUCACUUUUUCUAGACUAAGGCUUUCAAUCUCUGAUCCAGCUGAAGCUCUCGCUCGAACUGGAAGUGGAUUUGUGUCCAACGUCGGGACAGAAAAGCCCGCCCCUGCCGGCAAACAAUGCAGACAGGUACAAGUUUUGACUUCAACAAAUUGCUCCAGGAAGCUAAGAGCAGGUGGCUAAACAAUUCAGAAGUUCUUUUUAUAUUGCAGAAUCAUAAGGGUCUUCCAAUUGAGAAUGAAACUCCUGAAAAGCCAAUCAGUGGUUCCUUGUUCCUUUUUAACCGCAGGGUUCUUAGGUUUUUCCGUAAAGAUGGUCACAUUUGGAGGAAAAAGAAGGACGGUAGAACAGUUAAUGAAGCCCAUGAGCGCCUCAAGGUUGGGAAUGUUGAUGCUCUUAAUUGUUACUAUGCUCAUGGUGAAAAUCGCAACUUUAAGAGGCGAAUUUAUUGGAUGCUGGACCCGGCUUACGAUCACAUUGUUCUAGUUCACUACAGAGAAGUGUCUGAGGGAGCAUUUCUUCCUCCAACAGAUUCACAUCAAACAAAAGAGCAAUUAUCUACCUGGAAUGGGAAUUCCAGUCUGAAUAAAAUUCAAGUGAAAAGGGUUGCUUCUGCUAGUAGUGUAAUAUGUGAUCCUUAUCAAACCUCUUAUAGUUCUAUUUCUGGUGAAGCAAACUCCAUGCAUGAUGGCAAAGUUGUUAACACAAACUUGCCGAAUAUGUUCAACAUCUUCGUUAAUUCUGACUCGUCAUCACAGCUAGAGGUCAAUCAAGCAUUACGUAAUAUUGAAGAGCAAUUAAGCUUGGAUAAAUAUGAUGAUAACGUAUUAGCAGAUAUUGAAAGCCUUCAAGAUCCCGCACUCCUGGAUGGUGAAAUAGGAAAUUCUUUCGAGAAGCUAGCUGAAAACUUUACUCCAGCAAUAGAUGAUACAGGAUCUGAUCAAGCAAUUUUUUUCAGAGGACAACUCAUUUGAUGCUCAAUUUGAGCAAUCGGAACAAAUUAAUUUGUGGUAUCCAGACCAUGCUGGUAAUUUUGCAGAAGAUAUGGCUUAUGGAAUUGACAUAAAUUCGCCGCUACCAGCGGCUAUAAGGUUUUCUUUAGGCUCAGAUAGUCUCGGGACACCUGAUUCUCUUGCUGAUCUGGCAGCAGGUGAGCUGUGUGACGCACCAGACACAACUGAUGUUGGACCAAACUCCAUUGCAGUGUCAGUCCAGAAAGAAAAUGGCAUCGACUUCAUGGGUACUAUCGGUAUACAGGAUAGGAAUAAUGGAUAUUAUUCUGAUUUGUUGGUUAUGUAUUCUGCUGAUCAAAGCCAACAUGAAACCCCCCUUGCAAAAGAACUUUGUAUAAGUACGCCUCAGAAACUACUAUUCAGGAUUGGUGAAAUUUCCCCAGAAUGGUCCUUUUCUUUUGAGAGCACCAAGGUUAUCAUCACCGGAGAAUUCCUAUGCAAUCCUUUAGCAUAUAGUUGGGCAGUAAUGUUUGGUGAGGUUCAAGUUCCCGCAGAAAUUAUUCAGAAAGGAGUCUUACGUUGUUGGGCGCCUGAGCACUCUGUCGGAAAGGUUCCUCUCUAUGUAACAUCUGGAGAUAAAGAAUCAUGCAGUGAAGAACGAGAAUUCAAGUUCUGCGCCAAAUCUGUUACGAGUUCUUUGGAACCCUUACAUCUUGUCAAUUCAACCAAAAAUCUUGAAGAGCCUUUGUUGCUUGUAAAAUUCGUUCAUGUCCUUUUAUGUCAAUCUGAUGAUUUGUCUGUUGCCAAAGGUUCUUGCCCAAGAGAAACUGAGUGCUGCAGAAAGUUUAAGGCAGCAGAGGAGCAAUGUUUAAAACUUCAUGAACUCCAAACUGAGAUUUCUUCAGUCAUUAUAGAUUUGAUUCUACAAGAAUUAAUAAUAAAUAAGUUCCAGCAGUGGCUCUUGUCUAAGACAAAUGCAAAGGAAGGUGGAAGCUGUUUGCUUUCCAAAAAGGAGCAACAAAUUAUCCACUUGAUUUCUGGUUUGGGUUAUGAGUGGGCUCUAAAACCAAUUCUUGAUGCUGGCGUUGGCAUAAACUUCCGAGAUGCUAACGGAAAAACUGCUCUUCAUUGGGCCGCUUGUUUUGGAAGGCUCAUGAGAGAGGUCAUCAGGCUAGAAAGAAGUACAAGGAAUUACUUUUGACGGUUAGCGUGCUUGAGAAGCUUAUCUUAAGAUGGCGCCGAGGGGGUGUCGGUCUACGAGGAUUUAUCUGUGAAUUAGAUCCGGCUAACGAGGGAGAAGAGGAAGAUGACAUAACCAACAUUUUCCGCAAACAGAAAGUGUAUGCUGCUCCUGAACAGGCUUUCUCGAGGGUACUUUCAAUGGUGGAAUCUCCAAGGGCAAGGCUGCAGUACCGUCGUAUGCUGCAAUGUUAUUGCAAAGUUAAG